AUGGGUCUCAUGGACGUUUUGAAAUCGUUCAAAUCGCCGUCCGGUCGAGAGAUUCGAAUUCUGCUCCUUGGCCUUGACAACGCUGGAAAGACCACAAUCCUCAAGCAAUUGUCAUCUGAAGACAUUCAACACGUCACACCAACCAAAGGAUUCAAUGUGAAGACUGUCGCAGCGAUGGGAGAUAUUCGCUUGAAUGUUUGGGACAUUGGCGGACAGACCAUCCGUCCGUACUGGUCCAAUUACUAUGAGAACAUUGACACGUUGAUCUUCGUCAUUGAUAGUAAUGAUAAGAAGCGGUUCGAUGAGAUGAACAUCGAGUUGGGAGAGUUGUUGGACGAGGAGAAGCUUCGUAAAGUGCCAGUGCUCAUUUUCGCUAACAAGCAGGACUUGGCAACUUCGGCAACGUCCGAGGAGAUUACCAGGAAACUGGACCUCGACUUGCUCCGUGACCGUACUUGGCACAUUCAAGCGUGCUCCGCCAAACUCAACGAGGGUAUCAGCGAUGGAAUCGCAUGGGUCGCCAACACUCUUAAA